AUGCCCAUGACCGACGACACAGACGACAGCGGAGGGGUUAUCCUAGAUGGCCCCUUCGAUCCUGACGCGCAGGCUACAGUCACAGACUUUAUCGACUACACCGAAUACCUCCCCGCAGACUUAAUCCGCUCCUUAACCCUCAUCCGCGGCCUCGAUGACCGAUACCUCGACUCGGCGCAUGCGGUGCACCAGCUCACUCAGAUCUACGGUCAGCUCCCAGACCUCCCUUCGGAUAACCGACCGGGCGCAAUUGCACUGCGCAAAGACAUAUCUUCUCAGGUCGAUCGUGCCAUCAAUGCGCGUGAAUCGGCAUAUGCCGAGGCCUGUCGCCUCUACGAUGUUGUAGAUCGCCAUUUCGACCGAUUGGGCUGCAUCCGCCAGAAACUCGAAGCACUGCCAAAACCUGCCUCAGAGGAACCAUCGCCCCCACCCGAACCUACCCCGAAGCGUGCACGCGGAGGGAAGAAGACCAAGGAUGCCACGCCGCGUAUCACCCUUCGGUUGGAUAACAAUCGCAAUCGGAGAGAUAAAAAUAGGAGGCGUAUGCUAGGUGCUGAUGGGGCGUUUGAUCCAGAUUCUCCGCUUGCGAGUACUGAGCAAUCGGACUUGGAGAGCGAACUCAUUAAAUCUGCCCCCAAGCCCGCUCGACCCCCAAAGAAGGAGAAAGCGCGUCGCCUGAGCUUGGGUACCGCACAGUCGACAGCACAGGCUCUCGCGCAGUUGAAACCGCCGCCAGCUGAUGCGAAAUUGGGCAGCGAGGACCUGCCGUGGCUGCGGUUGACGGAAUGGGAGAUGACCAGGCUGCGGAAGAAGAUGAAAAAGAAUGCUGUGUGGCAGCCUAGUGAAGUAAUGAUUCACCGUGAGCUGGCCCUGGCAAACCGCGGUUGGGAAGCAUACCGGACAGCGAAGGUCCUGGCAGAAGAGACGGGUGGGGAGUUCAUUGACUGUGACAAUAUUGAGGAAACCCGGCGCGGGGAGGCAGCUAAAGAUCUGGAGGAGACGAAGCUGAGCAAUCGCGGAAUGAAACUAAACGAAGCAAAGAAGUUGAAGCGCGAACAGUUGGCCCGUGAACAAGCAUUGAUGGAAGGCGAAGGUGGUGUCUUGCCCAGGACUUUGCCAAGCCCCGCCCAAGCACCCCCAGCCGCGAAUCGAUCAUCACGGAAGAGGAAACGUGAAGAGGUUAUGCUCGAAGCAACAGAACCUGUUGCUCGCGAGCCUCCAAAACCUACGCCAGUUGCUGCCCCGGUCGCGCCGCCCGCCCCUGUCCCUGGGCCCUCUUCCAGGGCUGGCCCAUCUCGGCGCAGAUCCAGUCGAGGAGCCGUUCCAGCCGCAGAAACUACCAAUGACCUCGUCCUCCCAAUCAAAACCCACGUGUCCCCCGCAGUUGAAGCCAAACUCUCCCCUGCUCUCCCCAGCCCCGCAGGCUCCGGAUCCAUCCCAUCCCUUGUCCAACCCGUCACUACACCCACACCGCCCGUCACUCGGCCUUCAUCACGGCGCUCUAUAGCCGCCGCCUCGAUCGAGGGAGGGACCCUCAGUAGCAUCCCGACUGCAAUAGCAGCAAGUGGACGUGAUCGCCGUAUAAAAAGCGCAACACCUGCGCAUAAAACACCCAUCCGCGAGUCAUCACAUGCGCCAAGUGUUCCAGGUCCAGCCCGCCGGCGCAAGCGUCCGGCACCAGGACCCAUUUCCAGUGGUCAAGAUGGCGGCGCGGCAGUAAGCUACGGGCGUCGCAAAGCCAAGCCAGGAAAGAAGCGCCUCAGCAUCCGCGACUCCCAGGAUGUCCGUGUAGAUGAAGACGGCGUCCUCGAGCAGAUCGACGCCAACGAGCCCCGAUACUGUCUCUGUGGAGAUGUUAGUUUCGGGACGAUGAUCUGCUGCGAGAAUCAAGAUUGUGACCGUGAAUGGUUCCAUCUCAACUGCGUGGGUCUGACCGAAGUCCCCUCUCGCACGGCCAAGUGGUAUUGCCCCCAAUGCCGUGUCAAGCUGCACAAGGGUGAAGAUGGGAUCAUCAAGGGGAGUUCGCGACGUUAA